AUGGCCGGCCACUUCCGCGACCUGCUGUCCGACCCACCCCGCAAGCCUUUCCCGGACCGGCCCCAGUUCUCAGGCUUCAUGAAGCCAUGCCGCUUCGAGGGCGAGGUCAGGAAUCUAGAGAUCGUCGGCUCCAUCCCCGCCGAGCUGGACGGCACGUUCUACCGGGUCAUGCCCGACUCCCAGUUUCCGCCUUUCAUCGAGGACGACCCCGUACGUCUGCCCCGUCUGCCCGACCCCUGCGCCUACUGCAGCAGAUACACCGACGCGGUCGAGUUCAAGGUCCGCACCACGGCCAACACCAACGUUUUGUACUUCAACGGCUCCCUGCUCGCCAUGAAGGAGGACGCGCCGCCGUACCGCUUGGACCCGGACACCCUCGAGACCCUCGGUCUCUGCGAUUUUGACGGCCAGCUGCCGAGCUGCACCUUCACCGCGCACCCCAAGCUGGAUCCCGUCUUGGGCGAGCUCGUGUGCUUCGGCUACGAGGCCACGGGCGAUGGUCCGCCCGACGUGUGCUACUUCACCAUCGGCCCCGACGGCGCGUUCCUUGAGACGGUGUGGCUCGUGGCCCCCGUCUGUGGGAUGAUUCAUGAUUUCGCCGUGACCGAGAACUGGGUCUUGUUCCCCAUCAUCCCUCAGAUCUGCGACAUUCAGAGGCUGAAGGCCGGCGGUGAGCACUGGCAAUGGGACCCUAACGUGCCCUUCUACCUCGGUGUCCUCCCCCGCCGCGGAGCCAAAGGGAGAGAUGUCAAAUGGUUCCGCGCGCCAAACGCCUUCCCCGGCCACACCACCAACGCCUACGAGACCCCGGAGGGCCGCGGCGCGCGGACACCGCCGAGGGAGCUGCACGUCGUCGACACGAGAAGCUUUGCGGAGCCCGUCGCCGUGGUCAAGGUUCCGAUGAGGUUGAGGGCCGGGCUGCACGGGAACUGGGUCGACGGGAAGGAACUUCGAUCUUGA